AGCCUCAGCAGGAAACGUGCUCACUGUGCCGCACAUACAGUUCACUAGCAGGAAGCCAGGCUUGAAUACACAACGUUAUCAGUUCCACAGUUGCCGCCGCAGAAUGAAAAACAGAAAGUCUCACCAGUGGAGAAUCGUUCUAUUGACUGAAAAGAGGCAAGAACGAGAUCGGUGAAGAGGAUUAACCUUAAAAACUCUGGGAUAUAGACGGGAGACACAUGGCCGACCUUUUGCCUGGAUUACUCAUUUGUUUAAUGGUCCUGCCGACCAUUCAGCAAGAUGCAAAUACAACCUGGACCCAAACCAGUGUUGCACCUGGUUUGAAACCAAAGACCUUCAAGGGGUCGCUGAAUAAAACCAACCACACCAACCGGUCGUUUCCCAAGAACAACUCCAGGCUGCACGUGAACCCGGAGGACCACGUGACAGCCUACGCCACAGGGGUCCUCAGCACCAGGGUCAUCCCUGCGUCAUACAUCGCGGCCAUGCUGGUGGGCAUCCCCUCCAACGUCUACAUCCUGACCUUCCUCCGACUCAGAGCGAAGUCUGUGUCCACGCUAGUCCUUUACCUCAACCUGGCCCUGUCCGACCUGAUGCUGCUGCUGUCCCUGGCGCUGCGCGUCCACUACCACUUCAACGGCAACGACUGGGUAUUCGGGGAAAUCUCCUGCCGGUUGAUCACGGCCUUGUUUUACGGCAACGUUUACAGUUCAGCACAGUCGAUAGCGUGCAUCAGCCUGAAGCGCUACCUGGCUGUGGUCAGGCCGUUUCUCUACAGGAGGCUGGCAAAGACCACCCUGGCCACGUGGACGUGUCUGGUUGUGUGGUUCCUGUUCGGGGCGGCGAUUGUGCCCGAGCUCCUGGUCAGGCAGAGCUACCAGGUUACGGAGUUGGGGGUGACUACCUGCCAUGAUGUACUUCCCCUGGACGAAAAGCCACAUUCCUUGCUGGUACCGUACAGGCUGAUGCUGGUUUGUCUGGGUUUUAUAGUGCCCUUUCUGAUUUGUGUCUAUGCCCACGUGGCGGUGGUAUACCACCUGGGGCAAUCCCGCUGUGACUGGAAACCGUUUAUUAGGGUCAGCACUCUAGUUUUCAUCAUUUUUGCAGUGUGUUUCUUGCCCAGCGGCGUCCUGCACAUGGCCCACUACAUACGCCUGUUUUCCAGUGGCGACGACAGGCUGUACGGAUACUACAGAGUAGCGGUGUGUCUCUGCUGCUUUCACAGUUGUCUGGAUCCCUUCCUGUGUGUGCUCAUUUCCAAGACUGCAGCCUCAGAACUGCAAUUCAUCUCACUCCGCGGGAUAUCUCCGAGGCCGACUACCACAACAUGAGACUGGAUGUGUGUGCACACAAAAAGCCUCUCCUUGCUGCACCAUUGUUGGGAACCAGCAGGGAAUCAAAAAACCCUGACGCAAAGAUGGUACAGUUAAAAACUAGACACUGUGAAUUCAACACAACGAUGCUACAGUCUCUGUUGAGUCUAAAACUACACUACUGUUUUCUGAAGUUUUAGGGAUAUUAGGCUCAGGAAAUUCAUGUCAACCCAGCGAAAUGUCAAAUUGGAAAAAAAUGAUCUUUGUUGAUUUGUUAAAUGUAACAAUUAAAUGGAAAAAUAUAUAUAUUCACAAUUUAGUAUUUGAAGCUGCAAGAGGAGGAACUACCUUUAUUGUUGCAUAAAUGCUAUUUAAAUGAAUCAAAAUAGAGCCACAAUACCUGACAG